AUGGGGUCUGUGAGCUCCCGAAGUCACAAGGCGGAAGCCCAGGUGGUGAUGAUGGGCCUGGACUCGGCCGGCAAGACCACGCUCCUGUACAAACUGAAGGGCCACCAGCUGGUGGAGACCCUGCCCACCGUGGGUUUCAACGUGGAGCCCCUCGAGGCCCCCGGGCAGGUGCGCCUCACCCUCUGGGAUGUCGGGGGGCAGAGCCCGCUCAGGGCCAGCUGGAAGGACUACCUGGAGGGCACGGCCGUCCUCGUGUUCGUGCUGGACAGCACGGACGAGGCCCGCUUGCCCGAGGCAGUGGCUGAGCUCACAGAGGUCCUGGAGGACCCCCACCUGGACGGCGUCCCCCUCCUGGUGCUGGCCAACAAGCAGGAUGCACCCCACACCCUGCCGCUGCCCAAGAUCCGAGACAGGCUAGGCCUGCGGAGGUUUCCGGGGCUCUGCUGGGAGCUGCGGGCCUGCAGUGCCCUCACUGGCGAGGGGCUGCCUGAGGCCCUGGGGACCCUGAGGCGUCUCCUGAGCUACCGCAGCCCCCCGAGUCUCCAGGUGGGUGCAAGGGGAGGCCAUCGGGAGACCUGA